AUGCGGCUGAGAGAUCUGGUCCCCUCGGCCGCCAACUCAGUCAAUACCACGUUCAUCCUCCUGGAGAAGGGCCACAUCUCCUCCUCGAAGAAGAAGACGGGGAACAAGUUGCAGGAGAGCAGAGAAUGCCUCGCGCUGGUGGCGGACGAGAGCGCCGCCGUGGAGUUCCUGCUGUGGGACUCGGAGUGCGAGGCCUUCGAGCCGGGGGACAUCCUGCGGCUCACCAGCGGCAUCUUCUCCUUCCAUCGCCAUAAGCUCGUGCUCAGGAGCGGCCGCAAGGGACGGGUCGAGAAGGUGGGGGAGUUCACCAUGCUCUUCGUGGAGUCCCCCAACAUGAGCGACGCCGCCCUCUGGACCGCCGCCAAGAAGCGACGGCAAGAGGAACCACUAGGAGAAGGGCAGCUUUUGUAG